AUGCCCCGACGCCCCGAUGCCCCGAACGCCCGAAGCCAAGUCGUCAUGGGCGCUUUCGUGAUUGUGUCUGGCUGUUUGGCCGAGUCCGCCUUUCCCAGGCCGGGUGGCAACUUCUCCGACGGCAACGCAGGCGAGGUCAUGCCGGUCGAGGACUCGAAUGUUGUCUCCGUGCAGCCUCGCUCGGGCAGCGCGCCACCGCCGCCACCCUCCUGCGACUGUGGGUGGACGACAAAGUACCCGUGUCCCGGCAGCCCAAGCGCCCUCGAGGGCGCUUGGGGCCAAGAGCUCGCAAAGGACGACGGUUCAGCCUGUUUUGACUUGUGCUGCAAGAAGCCGCCGCCGCCACCACUAGCGCCACCACUGCUGCCAGUGUGUAAAACCGGCUGCGCAUGGACGACGAAGUACCCCUGUCCCAUGGAAGAUUAUCCCUUCGCACACUCCUAUGAUUGGACGACAGAGAUCGCAGAGGACGACGGAUCAGCCUGCUUCGACGUUUGCUGCAAGAUGCUACCGCCACCGCCACCCAUGCCGGAAUUUAAGUAUCCCUUCUGGAGCUGUCGAUGGAACUGGCUCGUCGGCGCUAUCAUUGUGAUAGCUUCCUCUGCAAUUCUAGAAGACCCGCGAAACAUCGAUUUCGAGAGCUUUAUGCAGAUCCUCCUAUUCCCAUGGCCCGCAAUCGCGGGAGAACAGACGUUCACUCUGCAAAGCGCGGUAAUAUGGUCCAUCGUCUUUUUGUGA